AUGGAGAAGGAAGAAGGAAGAAACCAAACACUCAUCAUGGAAUUCAUCCUCUUAGGGUUUGGAGAUGAACCAGAACUGCAGCCCCUCCUCUUCCUGCUGUUUCUACUGAUCUACUUUGUGACUCUGGCCGGGAACCUCCUCAUCGUUGUGCUGGUGGCGGCUGAUCGGCACCUUCACACCCCCAUGUACUACUUUGUGGCUAGCUUGGCCUGCUUGGAGACCUGCUACAGCUCCACCAUCCUGCCCCGGCUUCUGACCAGUCUCCUGACAGGGGACAGAACCAUUUCUAGUAAGGGCUGCCUUGUGCAAGUGUAUUUCUUUGGUGUCACAGCAACUACGGAAAACCUGCUGCUCGCAGCCAUGUCGUACGAUCGGUACCUAGCGAUCUGCCAUCCCCUCCGCUACGCUGCUCUGAUGAACGGCCGGGUUUGUGGCCAGCUCGUGGCGGGGUCCUGGAUAAGCAGCGUGCCACUCUGUACCAUAGGAAUAGUGUUCUUGUUCCAACUAACGUUCUGUGACGCCAAUGAAAUAGACCAUUUCUUUUGCGAUUUCGCACCCAUGCUCAGACUGUCCUGUGAUGACACCCAGAUUCUGCAACUCUUAAUGUUUAUUCUCGCUGCCCCAGGGUCACUUGUGCCCUGUCUGCUGACCCUGGUGUCCUACGUUUGUAUCAUCACCACCAUCCUGAGGAUCCCAUCUGCCACCGGGAGGCAAAAGGCCUUUUCCACCUGUUCCUCCCACCUCAUCAUCGUUACAAUUUACUAUGGGAUCGUGAUCGCUAUCUAUGUGGUUCCAACAGCCACCAUGUCCCAGAUCCUACGUAAAAUAUUUUCGGUCUUCUACACAGUCCUGACUCCCAUGAUCAACCCAGUCAUCUACUGCCUGAGAAACAAGGAGGUGAAUGAGUCUCUGAGAAAAGUUAUUCAUAAACUGACUGCUGUCGGACAUAGGCAUGGAAUCAGAAAGACAAAUUUUAGCGUGGAGUAA